AUACUAAUAAGUAAUCUGUCAAAGUCGAUAUUCGAAUGAAUUCCGUCUAACUUCAAAGUUCAAGAUUCAAAUGCUAGCCUACUGCCUAGCCUAGUCUCUUAUCCAUUGAAAGUGUAAAGUUUUUUUAUUAUUUUUGUAUUCGAAGUAAUUACGUAUGCUGUUACGUACAUUCUAAAAAUAAUAUAAGACAUAUCGUUUACCUAAUUUUAGAACAGCAGGUAGAGAAACUGAUUUUAUCGUACAAACUUCGUAACUUUUAACAUUUAGGGCAAGUAGAGGUACUGCUCGACUUUAUUUUUAUUGUUUCGUAUCGUCCUACCUCUAAGAAAAGAGAAAAAUAAAUAAUGAUAGAACAAACAAUUAAUACAUUCAAAAACACUGAUAGUUCAGUUAAAGCGGGAGAUUUAAUUUUAACAGAAGAACCUUUCGCUUACACACUUUCCUCAAAAGAAACUGGAAAUAGAUGUGACUAUUGUCUCCAAAAGUGCAAAGUUCGGAAGUGUUCAGGUUGUCAAUUUGUACAUUAUUGUGGGAAAAGUUGCCAAAGAGCAGCAUGGGAUGAUCAUAAGUGGGAGUGUGCUAACUUAAAAAAAGUGGCACCAAAAGUAAUUCCUGAUGCAGCCAGAAUGCUAGUUAAGAUAAUAAAUAGACUAAAACGCGGAGACGGAACCUCAUACAAAGUAUUUUAUACACAGACAUCAUUUAGGAUGUGGAAGGACCUUAUGUCACAUUAUUCCGAUUUGAAAAAAGACAAGAAACGAAUGGAGCAUUUCACGUCACUUUGUGGUGUACUUUAUGAUUUCUUGAGCGAUAUAUCGUUACCUAACACAGUGGAUCUCAUGGGAUUAUAUGGUAGAAUGAUAAUAAACAGCUUCACAAUAUUAGACAUGGACAUGAAUUCCAUCGGAUCUGGUGUUUACAUCGCUGCUUCAAUUAUAGACCAUAGUUGUAAUCCCAACGCAGUCGCCACUUUUGAUGGAAAGAAGAUUAUCGUUAGGGCUAUUGUGGAUAUGCCCAAGUUCGAUUGGAAAAAGAUCAGGAUAUCAUAUAUAGAUCUAAUGAAGACACCACUUGAUCGACAGAAAGAGCUCUUGCAGAAUUACUAUUUUGUUUGCCAGUGCGAGAAGUGUUUGAAUAUCGAGCAGUUAAAGUACGUUCACGCAGCAAAAUGUUUGAAAAAAGAAUGUGAUAAUCCCGUUAACGUACAUUGGCAGAAAAACUGUAAAUUAGUUAUCGUUGAAAAAUGUGAGAGAAUCAGAAGAAUUCACGAAAGUAUUAUAAAUGGUGAAAAUAAUUAUGACGAAGAACUUGAAGAUAUCGAUGGUGAUAUUCAAAAUGGCGAUGACAAUACUAUCGAGAACGGUGUUGCCAGUAAUAUUGAAAAUAGUGUUAACGAAAGUGGCGGUGAAAUAAUUUGUGAUGAUAAAAACGUUAAUGAAAAUGUGAUGUGUUCAAAAUGUGGUACAAAAUAUCCAGAUGAAAGUAUAGGAGUUUUUAAAGAAGCAAUGAGUUGCUCAGAAAUGAUUUUAUUGGAUAUGAAGAACUCAAGUGUGGCUUACGUGGAAGUAUGUAAAUGCUGCAUUGAGAAACAAAAGGGAGUGCUACAUCCAUUGAAUGUGUUUUACGCUCAAAUAUUAGAGCAAUCCUUUGAUGCGUUCGUAAAUGUACAAUUGUGGCAGAAGGCGUGCGUAUACGCAGAGGCAUUGUUGCCAUGUUUUAGGUUUUAUUAUGGACCCCUUCAUCCUCUUCUGGGCUUACUACACUUAAAAUAUGGAAAGAUACUGCUCUACAAAAUGGACUUAAAGAAAGCAGUCCAACAGUUAAAAAGUGCAGAAAAAAUAUUAAAAAUAACACAUGGGGACACACAUCCAUUGUACAAAGAGCAGUUAAUGCCCCUGUUACACCAAGCUUUUAUAGAAAAUUCAUAGUGAACAAUUGUAUAUUUUUUACAUUUAGAUGAUUAGAAUUAUUUUUGGUGAUAAAUAGUAAAAAUUGCCUAAAAAACACCUUCUAAUAUACAUUUUCCUUACUGGAAACAGAGAAAGCUAUAUCUUAGUAGCAACAAUACAGAUAUUUUGUUCUAAAGUUUUAAGCAUUUUGUAAUAUUUUUUAGCUAUAUAUAUUAUUUUUCCAGAGAAAAGGUUUUUUAAACAGUCCUAUUACUUCUGUGUUCAUAGAAUGCCAGUAUUUGUUGAAAUAUAUUUUAUGGUGUUAUCUUUUAUCCUAAGGAUUAUAGCACCAUUAUGUACUAAUCAGUAUACUGCAUAGUGGUCAAUUCUAAUGUUGAAAUGGGCUUAUAGUUUAUUUAUAAAAUUUGUGGCUGUGUGUAAUAAACCAUUAUUAAUAGAA